AUGGCUGUGCGGCUCUUCGAGGGUAAGGACCACGCAGCCUCGUACCUUCGGUUCAGAGUGGCACCUCGCGAACUGAUCGAUAGGAUCUUUGGCUUUAUGGAGAAGAGGACGCCGAAACCGUUCAAACUAGCCGUGGACGUGGGCUGCGGUUCAGGGCAGGGGACGGUCUUGUUGGCCCCCUACUUCGCCGAGGUGGUUGGAACAGACAUCAGCCCUGCCCAGUUAGAGGCGGCAACCGCAAACCAGAACCCGCCAAAUGUCUCUUACAGACAGUGCCCGGCGGAGGAGCUGCCGUUGGCGUCCGGGGUAGUCGACCUCGUGACGGCCAUGACAGCCGCCCACUGGUUCGACCACCGGCGGUUCCUGGUGGAAGCCGAUCGGGUGCUCCGGCCCGGAGGCUGCCUGGCCCUCCUGAGCUACACCAUGGACAUGGCGCUGGAGUACGGGGACAUCUCUGACGCGCUCAAUGACAUCUGUGAAGAGUUUUACGCUGCCCUGCUUCCUUUCCGAAAUCCUCAUCUGGGCCCGCGGUCCGUUGAUCUCUACCUCAACAUGUUCAAUUUGUGCUCUUAUCCAGACAAAGAGUGGAAUGAACGUGUGGAGGUGAGGAGGACACUGCCAUUGAGUGGAUACAUCGGUAUGGUGGAGACCUUCUCCAGCUACCAGAAACUGAAACAAAAGGAUCCUGCGGAGGCUGAGCGUCUUUCCAACGACAUCCGUACCAAACUGCUGUCUACCAUGAAGACGUCCUCUCCUGACCCUGAACUUACAAUGGUCGUGCACUACUUCUACUGGCUGGCAUGCAAAUCCUGA